AUGUUAUAAAGACCAAAUGAAAAACUGCAAUAAAAAGUGACAUUAUAUAAGGACAAGAUAAGAAGUUAAUUGAAAAAAAAGAUAGUUAUCAUCAAAGAUCAAAUGAAGCUGAGACAUUCCAAAAUACAAUUAGAUACACCAUCCUAAAAAUAAUCAAAUAUCGCUGCCGACUUUUCUGACAAUUACGAAUUGGGAGAAAAAUUAGGGGAAGGAGCUCAUGCAAUUGUUCAUAAGGCUAUACGAAAAUGCGAUAAUUAAGAGUUUGCUGUAAAAAUAUUUCGAUCCAGCGACCCUGAAAUAAUUGCUUCCAUAAGAAAAACCUACUAGAUUGGAUCUAUGCUUCAACACCCUAAUUUAAUUAAAGUGAAAGAACUAUAUAUAAAUUAAUAAAAUGGAUAUUCGUAUUAAAUUAUGGAAUUAUGCCAAUAUCCAAAUUUAGAAAGUUAGAUAAACAACUUGAAUCUUAAUGAAAUAAAGACAGUUAUGCGCGAAUUGUUGAAUGGGAUACUUUACAUGCACAAAUAGAAGAUUUGUCAUAGAGACAUUAAACCUGAUAACAUCCUAUUUGAUGGAUAGAAUGUAAAACUCUUAGACUUUGGAGUCAGCAAGAAAUUCUAUGUGAAAUAGCAUCACAUAGACAUGUGGACACCCACAGGUACUUAAUUUUAUUGUGCUCCUGAAAUAUAUACUAAAGUUAGUUACACUUACAAAGUAGAUAUUUGGUCUGUUGGAGUAAUUCUGUAUUAACUAUUAACAAAAGAGUUGCCAUUCUAAGACGAGACUGCUCAUGGAACCAUUGAAUUAAUAUGUAAAGCAUAGUUCAAAGACCAUCCUGCUUUAGAUAAAGUUAGCAAAGAUCUCUUGAGUAGAUUAUUAUGGAUUGACCCCAAAAAAAGAUUCAAUGCUGAUGAAGCAUUAAAACAUCUUUGGUUUCAAAAUAAAGAAAUAAAACAGUAAUGUAUGGAUGACAUGAUUGUACAUGAUGGUCUAGUUAAUAAUUCCUCAUUAAUUAUCUAACUUAGCUAAUCAUAAAAUAGGAAUACUUAUGCAAAUAAUUUCGAGACUAAAGUUGAAGCAUUUAUGCCUACAAUACAUGUCAAGCAAUCUUCAUUUAGAGAUUCAUCAUGA